AUGGCCUCACCAGAUUCCUUUCUUGAUGUGGAGCAGCGAAACCGUCUGCCCACUCUCUUCGAAGUCCUCAGUCGCCGCACACUAGCACCCGUCGACCUCUUCUCCUUUUACAUUUACAUGCGAGACCAGCAGCGCUCGGUGGAUUACUUGGACUUCUGGUUGGACGUUUCACAGCACAUGUCCCUAUGCCGCCACUAUGUUCGGGAACUUCGGCGGUCCGUCCUUGUCGCAACGCCUGAUAUGGAGAGGGCCGACAGCAAGCGGUCAUCUGCGAUGUUGGAAAACCUGGAAAACCUGGGUGAUAUCCCUUUAGUGGAGGCUGGGCCUUCACGAUUACAGACCAACGAGAAGGACAGAGAUGCCGACCACCGCCUCUCUGCUUUCUUGCGCUCUGAAGGCGCUCCUUCCUCACAUUCGCCCCAGAACAGCAUUGGAUCUCAAUCAGCAUAUCGCACCCCAUCCAACGAUGUGCAACCCCGCCCCAGCGACGGUACCCGGAAUGAUGACUCGACCUCUCCUGGACACACUGUGGCUCGUAACGAUAUCCGUGCAAGUGCCGAAAAGAUUCUUUACACCUACCUUCUACCUGGCUCUGAGCGAGAAAUUAUCCUUCCCGAAACAAUGGUUUCCACCAUUAUCAACCUGAUCGAAGACGACAACCGUGACGAUCCCGAGGUAUUCGACCCCGCCAAGGAUUACGUCUUCCAAGCUAUGGAGCGUGAUGCAUUCCCAGGCUUCUUGCAGGCCAAGGCACUGGGAAAUCUCGUUCCUUUGAGCAUUAUCGCUCGUUUGGCCUUCGCCCUUAUCAGUUUCGGAGGUGGAUUCUGGGGUGCUUUUUAUGUGGUGCUCCGCAACAAGCCUCGCGGCAUUCGCUGCUGGGUUAUUCUCCCAUUUGCCGUGGCGGCCUACUUCAUUGUCUCCUAUCAGUACAAGAUAGAUCCCGCCAUGGCAUUCUUUGGCUAUAGCGAGUACACUUUCAUGAACUGGGCCCCGAUCCGCGAACCAUACGUCCGAAAGCUCCUCAACAAGCGCGCUCUGGUCACUGCGGCAAUCGCUUUCCUGAGCGCUGCUGCUUUGAGUAUUUUGUUCAUCUUCGUCCCUGGUACUAUGCUGUAA